AUGGAAAACAUUCAGCGCUGCCCAGACUUUGUGGAGAUUGAAUUCAAAGGGGGCAGAUACUUUGCAGGUCCCGCUGCACGGUGCCAGGCGGGUGGGCAGGCGGUGGCCCGGGGCGGGAUGCUGGGGAUGCUGCUGGGGCACAGCCCCGCGCUGUGGCGGCGGGUGGCUCGGCCGGUCCUGCGCCCUGCCAGAGCCUUUGGCAACAAAGCGAGGGGCGCUCAGGACGCGGCUCUGUGGACGGCUGAUGCAGGUUACAAAGCAUUCAAAAAUGACAGAAGGCCCACAAAUUUCGAUAAAAAGGUGUUAGUAUGGGCAGGACGCUUUAAAAAGGAGGAGGACAUUCCCAAGCACAUAUCGUCUGAGGUCCUCGAUGCAGCAAGGAACAGCGUCAGGAUAAAGGUUUGCUACAUCAUGAUCGCACUGACCUUGCUGGGCUGUUUGGCCAUGGUAAUCACAGGCAAAGAAGCUGCUAAAAGGGACCAGACGCUGCUGAGGAUGAACAUAGAAAAGAAGGCCAAAUGGAAGGCUGAAGUGGAGAAAGAGCAGGAGGCAGCUGUUGGGAAGCCACAAUGA